UACCCUUUCAACUUAUCUGCUAUGUCUCUUGGUGUUUGCGAUCAAUCAAUCGUCCCUCCUUAUCGAAAAAUGGCGAGUUGGAGGAGGGCUCCAACCGGAUGAGGGAUGCACAGUCACGUGAUAUAUAUUUCUGGAUGGAGUUAGCGCGAUCUUUUUAUCUGAUAUAUUUCACGUGAUAACCCCACCAACGACGGGUGGGAUAGGAGUGAGGGUUGGUAUCGUUCUUUCCCAUCCCAUGUCCAGUCACGUCUGUCUUGUUUCGCAGAAAUAGAAGAUCUGAUCUUUUGUUUCCUGUGUAUAAAGUGCAACCUUUGAAAGAGAAGAGGCAAAAACAAAGGAAAAGCAACGGAAUAGGCAAGAGCAAGUCAGCGAGGUGUAAGGGUUUAUUUGUUUACCACCACGACGCCUUUGCGUUCGGGGAGGUGCCGGUUCGGAACUUGGACGGGAGAGAAGAGGAUAACCACCACCACCACAAGAAUAAUAAACAGGCUACCAGCCUUCCCACCCACCAUGUCCACCACCACCCCCAAGUCUCAAUUCGAGACCCUCCUCCAAUUCGACGCCGACUACGCCCCCACCAGACUCACGCAAUACAAGUCCAGGCGGACAGGCAUGCAAGUCGUAGUCGUCGACCGCAAAGGCCCAAAAGUGCAAGGCUACUUCACCCUCGCCACCGAGAUCUUCGACGACUCCGGCGCGCCGCACACCCUCGAGCAUCUUGUCUUCAUGGGCUCGAAGAGCUAUAAGUACAAGGGCGUCUUGGAUUUACUGGCUAAUCGCGCGUACUCUAAUACGAACGCUUGGACGGCGACGGAUCACACUGCUUACACCCUCGAUACGGCGGGGUGGGAGGGGUUUGCGCAGAUCCUGCCGGUGUACCUAGAGCAUGUUAUCGUGCCGACAUUGACGGAUGAGGGAUGCUACACGGAAGUCCACCAUGUUGACGGCGACGGGAAUGACGCGGGAGUCGUGUACUCUGAGAUGCAAGGCGUGCAGAACAACGGCCCCGAACUAAUGGAUCUCGCCGCGCGCCGCGCGCUGUAUCCGGAGGGCGUGGGUUUCCGGUACGAGACGGGCGGGAUGAUGGAACAGCUGCGUGUGCUGACUGCGGAGCGAAUCCGGGAGUUCCAUCGGGAGAUGUACCAGCCUAGGAAUCUGUGUCUUGUUAUCGUGGGGGAGGUGGAGCAUGCGAAUAUGUUGGAGAUUCUGGAUGCGUUCGAGGAGGGGAUUCUGGGGGAUAUUCCCAAGCCCGAUGCUCCGUUCCGGAGGCCAUGGAUGGAGUCGCCGCAGACGCCCGCGCUGAAGGAGACGGUGCUGCAGACGGUGGAGUUUCCGGAGGAGGAUGAGUCGGCGGGGGAUAUUUUGGUUGGCUUCCUCGGACCGGAUUGCAAUGAUGUCGUGCAAACCGCGGCGCUGAAUGUGCUCCUAACCUACCUCUCUGGCUCGUCCAUCUCGAUCCUGGAGAACACGAUGGUUGAGCGCGAGGAGCUCGCCAGCUCCAUCAGCACGUGGUGGGACGCGAGGCCCAAUUCCGUCAUCUGGCUACAGCCGACGAGCGUCGCGACCGAGAAGCUUGCAGCGGUUGAGAAGAGGCUGUUUGAGGUGCUGAAGGAGGUCGCUGACAAGCCGCUGGAUAUGAAGUACAUGGUAGACUGUGUGCGUCGCGAGCGUCGCCAGGUCAUGUUCCAGGCGGAGAGCAACUCGGAGUUCUUCUCCACGAAUGUGAUUAACGACUUCCUGUUUGGGAAGCGCGAUGGGUCGACGCUGAGGGAUCUGGCGUCGAUUAAGGAGUAUGAUGUCUUGGAGAAGUGGACGGAUGGGGAGUGGCGCGCUUUCUUGAGGAGGUGGAUCUCGGAUGCUAAGCAUGUUUCGAUCUUGGGGAAGCCGUCGAAGGCGAUGUCGGAUAAGCUUAAGGCUGAUGAGAUUGCGCGCGUGGCGGAUCAGAAGGAUGUGUUGGGUGUGGAUGGACUUAAGGUGCUGGCUAAGAAACUCGAGGAUGCGAAGGCGAAGAAUGAUGCUCCUAUCCCGCAGGCGAUUCUGGAGCAGUGGCCUGUUCCGGGGGUGAGCUCGAUUCACUUCAUUGAGACGGAGACGGCGAGGGCGGGGCCGGCACGGAGCUUGGGGGUGAAGGAUGUUGGUGCCCAGAAGGUCAUUGAUAAAGCCAAGGACGCAUCACUGUUCCUGCAGUUUGAACAUGUUCCGUCGAACUUUGUAUUGGUUAGUAUGCUCCUUGGAACGUCCGGGAUCCCGGUUGAACUUCGUCCUCUGCUGCCGCUCUUCAUUGACAACUUCUUCAACACGCCUGUCAUGCAGAACGGGGAGAAGAUUCCUUUCGAGGCAGUCGUAACCGACCUCGAGAAGGACACCAUCAGCUACGCAAUCGGCGGUGGUUCGCGCCUUGGACACAGCGAAGGCGUCGGCAUCGUCUUCGAAGUCGAGCAAGACAAGUACGAGCAGACAAUCCGCUGGAUCCGCACCAUGAUGUUAGACGCCGUCUUCGACGUAACGCGCCUCCGCGCUGCUCUAACCAAGAUCCUCGCCGACAUCCCCGAAGCCAAGCGCAGCGGAAACAGCAUGGCCUACGCCGUCGACGCCAUGAUCCACCUCGACUCCAAGUCCACCGUCAAGGCGCGCAACACCCUCGUCAAAGCCGUCUACCUAAAGCGCAUCCGCAGGCUCCUCACCGCCGACCCCGCCGCCGUGAUCGCUAAGCUCGAAACUCUCCGCAAGAGCCUCUUUACCUUCUCCAACGUCCGCGUCCUCGUCGUCACAGACGUCAAUAAGCUCGCUAACCCCACCGAGCCCUGGUCCCUCCUCAGCGACGCCCUCGGCGCCCCGACUGACCUUCUCCCAAUCGAGAUGCAGCACCAGCGCCUUAGUCCCGCCGGCCGCGCCCCGGGCUCCCUAGGCACAGUUGUCGUUCCAAUGCCCACCAUUGAUUCCUCCUUCGCUAUCAGCUCGGCCACCGGACCAACCUCUUACACCGACCCGCGCAUCCCCGCGCUGCUCGUCGCAGUCGCCUACCUCGAUGCGGUGGAGGGUCCGCUCUGGCGCGCAAUCCGCGGAACGGGUCUCGCCUACGGCACGGGUUUCAGCCGCGACGUCGACGGGGGCUUCAUGCAAUUCCGCGUGUACCGAUCGCCUGACGCUCACAAAGCGUUCGCGCGUAGUCGCGACGUGGUGGCUGCGUUUGCGAGCGGGGAGGAGCCGUUGGAGCGCAGUCUGCUCGAGGGCGCGGUGAGCGCGAUCGUGGUCAGCCUUGCGGACGAGCAGGCGACGAUGGCGAUGGCGGCGCGGAUGAACUUUGUGAAUGGCGUGGUGAGGGGAGUGGCGGAGGGGUAUAACGAGGAGUUGUUGAGGAAGGUGAGGGAGGUGGGGGAGAGGGAGGUGAGGGAGGCGAUGGGGGAGGUGCUGGUGAAGUGUUUUGAGCCGGGGAAGGCGAAUGUGGUGGUUACGUGUGCGCCGGUUGUGGCGGAGGCUAUUGUGAAGGGGUUUGAGGCCGAUGGGUUUAAGACGGAGGUGCGUGCUUUGGAGGAUUUCAGGGAUGAUUAUGGACUUGUGAGGAAUGAGGAUGAGGGGGAGGAGGAUGAGGACGAGGAUGAAGAGGACGAGGAUGAAGAAGGGGGGAGCGGGGAUGAGAGUGGUAGCGGCGAAGAGAGCGAGUAGAUCGGGUGUAUGACCUAUGAGUAUGUGUAGAUGAAGGUAUGAAGCAUGGCUAGAUUCUAGAGAAUGAUAGGCAUUCAGUUUCAUGAAAAGGGGGUGCACGUGACGCGUGAGAGU